AUGAAGACCUCAAUUGUAGUUUUCGUUGGGCUUUUCGCUCUGGGAAGUGCCCAGCUUUUCAAUCGUUUUAAUAACAACAACAACUAUAACAAAGGAUCGCCUUUUGCCAGGACGUACAAGCCGGUGCAAUAUACUCCCUUCAGUUUUAACCGUGAUAAUAAAAACGAAAGAUCCAACGAAGGGCAAUACAUACACAACAACGAUGGACAAUAUUAUCACGAUAAUUCCGGGGAUUACAUCCAUCAGGAAGAAAGGUACAGACAUCAGGAAGAUAAGUAUAAGCACCAGGAGGAUAAAUACAAGCCUUACGUAGCGGAAUCCAGGCCAGUUAAGAAGAUCGUCCCAGCUCAGAACCUUUACGGUGUCAACCCGGGACUCAAGAAGGGCAACGCGGCUGGUUUGUACGAUAACAGGAAUUACCGCAUCAUCCGUAAAAUUGAAGACGUCAAGAACAACAAAUACUACUUCUUGUACGAAACUGAGAACGGAAUUUUUGCUGAAGAGCAAGGAAAAUUGGUCACAAUGGGAGGAAAGGAAGGAAUCCAAUCUCGUGGAUACUUCACCUACACUGGACCAGACAGCAUCGUAUACACCGUCAAGUAUAAAGCCGACGAAGAGGGAUUCGUUCCAGAAGCCGCCCAUCUUCCGACUCCUCCUCCAAUCCCAGAAGACAUCGCCAGGGCCCUCGAGUACCAGCGCUCCCAAGGAACUUUAUAACUUAAAAUAUGAACGUAAAAUAUUCUGACUGA